AUGGUAACGGUGACAGUGACGGUGACAGUGACAGUAAUUGUGACGAUAACGAUGAUGAAUAACGAUGACGGUAAAAAUGACAAUAACGAUAUCUAUAAUAGUGACGGUAAAGGUGACGGUGACUAUAACGGUGACGAUGACAGUAACGGUAUCUAUAAUAGUGACGGUAAAGGUGACGGUGACUAUAAAGGUGACAGUAACUGUAAUAGUAACGGUAACUGUGGCGGUGACUAUAAAGAUGACAGUAAUGGUUAUAAUAACAGUAACGUUUAUGAUAUUGGUAACUGUGACAGUAAUGGUAACGGUGCCGGUAACGGUGAUGGUGACAGUAACGAUGACAAUAACAGUUACGAUAAUGGUAAAGGUAACGGUAACAAUAACAGUGAAGGUGACAGUAAUAGUAUCGGUAAUGGUGAUAGUAAAGGUGAUAGUAACGAUAACGGUAGCGAUGAGAGUAACGAGGAUAGUAAUAGUGACGAUAAGGGUAACGGUUAUGACAACGAUAACGGUAAUGGUAACGGUAGUGGCAACGGUGACAGUAGCGGUGAUUGUAAUAUUAAUGGUCACUGUGAAGAUUACGGUGACGAUGACGAUGAUUGUGACCGUGACGGUUAUAGUAAUGGUGAUCUUGACAGUGACGAGGACGGUUACAGUUACGGUAACGAUGAUCGACAUGAUCACAGUGACGGUAACAAUGAUGGUCACGGUGAUGGUAAUGGUGACAAUAAUUGUACUUGUCACGAUAACGGUCACGGUAACAGUAAUGGUGAUGAUAACGGUAACGGUAAUGGUAACAGUGACGAUGAGAGUAAUGAUAAUGGUAACGGGGGGCAGUGA